UUCUCCGCCUCCCCCGCCCCCCCGCGAGUCCCGUAAAAGCAACAGAGGGGCGGGGGGGGGGGGGGGAGCCGGCGUGGUGUCCCUCCGCCCGGCCGAGGGCACUCGUUUUCGUGUCCUUCCACCGUUCCCGGGCGGCGUCCGGACGGCUCACCGGGGGCGGCGACGCGUCUGCGGUGCGGGAGGCGAGGCUCUGGGGCUAUGAGGUGAGGGCUCCCGGAUACCGGAGGCGGCGCGCGCGGCGCCGGGACACGGGACGCGGAUCCCCGGCGAAGGCGGUCUUUGGGACGCCGCGGCCGCGCGAGAGGCGAGGAGAGAACGUUGGAAUUAUUCUCUAAGCUAUCUGAAGAGAGCGACUCAAUGCACCUGGGUCAGGCGGUCUGUGGGCAUGAAGUGGUUGGGAGAAUCCAAGAACAUGGUGGUGAAUGGCAGGAGGAGUGGAGGCAAGUUGUCUAAUGACCAUCAGCAGAAUCAAUCAAAAUUGCAGCACGCGGGAAAGGAGGCCACGAAGGCUGGCAAACACGCAGUUGAGAGGAGGUCAAGCAGAUGUAAUGGUAAUUCGGGAUUUGAAGGACAGAGUCGAUAUGUACCAUCUUCUGGAAUGUCUGCCAAGGAGCUCUGUGAGAAUGAUGACCUGGCGACCAGUUUGGUUCUUGAUCCCUAUUUAGGUUUUCAAACACACAAAAUGAAUACUAGCGCCUUUCCUUCGAGGAGCUCAAGGCAUUUUUCAAAAUCUGACAGUUUUCCUCACAACAACCCUGUGAGAUUUCGGCCUAUUAAAGGAAGGCAAGAAGAACUGAAGGAGGUCAUUGAACGUUUUAAGAAAGAUGAACACUUGGAGAAGGCCUUCAAAUGUUUGACUUCGGGCGAAUGGGCACGGCAUUAUUUUCUCAACAAGAACAAAAUGCAGGAGAAAUUAUUCAAGGAACAUGUAUUUAUCUACUUGCGAAUGUUUGCAACUGACAGUGGAUUUGAGAUAUUGCCUUGUAAUAGAUACUCAUCUGAACAAAAUGGAGCCAAAAUAGUUGCGACAAAAGAGUGGAAACGAAAUGACAAAAUAGAAUUACUGGUGGGUUGUAUUGCCGAACUUUCAGAAAUUGAGGAGAACAUGCUACUUAGACACGGAGAAAACGACUUCAGUGUCAUGUAUUCCACAAGGAAAAACUGUGCUCAGCUCUGGCUUGGCCCCGCCGCCUUUAUAAACCAUGAUUGCAGACCUAACUGCAAGUUUGUGUCUACUGGUCGAGAUACGGCGUGUGUGAAGGCCCUGAGAGACAUUGAGCCUGGAGAAGAGAUUUCUUGUUACUACGGAGACGGGUUUUUUGGAGAAAAUAAUGAGUUCUGCGAGUGUUACACUUGCGAAAGACGGGGAACCGGUGCUUUCAAAUCCAGAGUGGGACUGCCUGCACCUGCUCCUGUUAUCAAUAGCAAAUACGGACUCAGAGAGACAGAUAAACGCUUAAAUAGGCUUAAAAAGUUAGGUGACAGCAGCAAAAACUCAGACAGUCAAUCUGUCAGCUCUAACACUGAUGCAGAUACCACUCAGGAAAAAAACAAUGCAACUCCUAACCGAAAAUCUCCAGUUGGUGUGAAGAAGAGCAGCAAGGGCCGAACGUUAGCAAGGCGGUCUGUGUCAGGAGUCCCAGCUUCUUCCAGCUCUACCUCAUCUAAGCUAACUCACACAACUAAUUCCAGGGUACCAAAGAAACUGAGAAAGCCUGCAAAGCCUUUACUUUCAAAGAUAAAAUUAAGAAAUCAUUGCAAACGGCUGGAGCAAAAGAGCGCUUCAAGAAAACUCGAGAUGGGAAACUUAGUCCUCAAAGAGCCCAAAGUAGUUCUGUAUAAAAACUUACCCAUUAAGAAAGAUAAGGAGCCAGAGGGACCAGCUCAAGCCACAGCCGCCGGCGGGUGCUUAACUAGACACGCGGCGCGUGAGCACAGGGCGAGCUCCGGGCGGGGCGCCCCGCCGCCGGGGGACGGCACCCCCUGCACCUACAGCACCCGGCGCUCCACGCGGACGAGGGUGAAUCCGAGGGAGCCCUCCGACCCCAAGCUGGAACCAAAUGCGUCGGACGGCUGCAAGAGCAGCUCGCCAGAGGCCUGCCCGGACAGCGGCGAGAAGCCGGCCCCCGCGGCGCCGGAGGAGGACCUGGCCCCCGGAACAGCGCAGGAGGCGGAGGCCAAGUGUCAGAGGAUCGACAACAGCAUGGCCAAGAAGAAGUCACGGCAAGGAAAACUUGUGAAACAGUCGGCGCAAACCGAGGAGCCUGCCGCGGGGCAGGACUCCCCCGGAGAAGCCGGCGUGGUGCCCGAGGCGCGGGGGCCGCACUGCGAACCGGGCGAGCGCGGCGCCCCGGAGGCCGCUCCUGGAAGCUUCCCGGACUGGGCACCUUCGCCCGGCGGCGGGGCGGUGGUCACGUCCGACAGCUUCAAGGCAAGAGACGGCUUCAGAACUGCAAAAAGUAAAAAGAAGAGGCGAAUCACAAGGUAUGAUGCCCAGUUGAUCCUGGAGAAUAACUCCGGGAUUCCCAAAUUGACUCUCCGUAGGCGUCACGACAGCAGCAGCAAGACAAACGACCAAGAGAAUGAUGGAAUGAGUUCUUCGAAAAUAAGCAUCAAGUUAAGUAAAGACCAUGAAAAUGAUAAUAAUCUGUAUGUAGCAAAGCUCAAUAAUGGGUUUAACUCAGGGUCAGGCAGCAGCUCCACGAAACUAAAGAUCCAGCUGAAGCGGGACGAGGAAGGUCGGGGGUCGUACGCGGAGGGGCUCCACGAGAACGGGGUGUGCUGCAGCGACCCUCUCUCGCUGCUGGAGUCCCGCAUGGAAGUGGACGACUACAGCCAGUACGAGGAGGAGAGCACGGAUGAGCCCUCCUCCUCGGACGGCGACGAGGAGGACGAGGACUACGAGGAGGACUUCGAGGACGACUUCAUUCCUCUUCCUCCAGCCAAGCGCCUGCGGCUGAUAGUCGGGAAGGACUCCAUAGAUAUUGACAUUUCUUCCCGGAGGAGAGAAGACCAGUCUUUGAGGCUCAACGCAUAAGCCCUUGGUCUCACUUUGGCCUGGGAAACCUACUUUAAAGAAAUAAAAACAAAUUCCAGUCAGUUAUUCCUCACCCGAGACGUUCUAGCGGCCGCACUUCCCUUCUCUCUCCACUCAGCAGCGUCAUACUGUAGAAAGUGUACAGCGCACUGACUCUCCCUAAGUCUGAUUUGUGCAGAUUUUUAUUGUACUUUUUAAAUAGCCUUCUUACGUGCAAUUCUGAGUUAGAGGGAAAGCCCUGUUGUAAAAUAAAGGCUCAAGCGAAAUUGUGCAGUGAUAGCAACUUUCUACACGGGACGUUGAAAACAAUAAUGUGGCUACACAGUUUUCUUUUCACUUUUCUUUUUUUUUUUUUUUUUAAACCAAGAGCACCAGCUGGCUCUUUAAUAUAUGACUAAACAGUAAUUUAAAACAAAUCAUAGUAGCAACAUAUUAAGGUUUUCUAGUACGUGCUAAUAUCACCAGCAAUGAUCUUUGGCGUUUUGAUUUAUUUGCUAGAUGUCUCCCCCUCGGAGUUUUGUCAGUUUCACACUGUUUGCUGGCCCAGGUGUACUGUUUGUGGCCUUGCCUAAAAGAGCAAACCAUCGGUUGGGAGUCAAAUUGGUUUCUUUAAAAAAAAAAAAAAAUACGAUUACACGUGUGACCGCCAACUUUUCAGUACGUUAUAUGUACGAGGGUGGCAGUGUGCAGGAUACGUUCCGAUACAGCGUAUUUAUUGCUUGUCGUGUAAAUUAAAGACCUUGUAUUUAACACUUUUCAAUCCUUUUAGAUAAAAUUGUUCUUUGCAAGAAUGAUUGGUGCUUAUUUUUUCAAAACUUUGCUGUGAACAAUGUGAUGAAAACAAGCAACAUUUAUCUAAUGAACUACAGCUCUCUUAACUUGGGUCUUCAAGGUUUCUGUUGCACUUGUAAAAUGCUACAAGGAAUAUUAAAAACUCUAUUCACUUUAACUUAUAAUAGUUUAUGAAAUAAAAACAUGAGUCACAGCUUUUGUUCUGUGGUAACCUAUAAAAAUGUUUGUCUUUGAAAUUCAAUGUAAAGAACUGAAAACAAUGUAUAUGUUGUAAAUAUUUGUGUGUUGUGAGAAAUUUUUGUCAUAAGAAAUUAAAAGAACUUACCAGGAAGGUUUUUAAGUUUAGAAAUAUUCAUGCCAAUAAAAUAGGAAAUUAUAAAAUA